GACGUCAGCUGGUUUACAGUAAAAGGAGAGCCGCGGCUGCGCGCGCUCGUGUGCGUGUCACUUCCUCAUACUCCUGGGUUGAACACUACAGGACAGUAGUUUUGUGCACCUGAGGUGGGACUGUGACAGGUUUGUGCUCCAGGGUCUAUCCAAGGAUCCAUUCACAGCUCUGUGUGUCUGACAGUUUCCUCAACACAAAGUCAAAUAAAACGAAAAUGGCGAUGCGCUGCUGUGGACUGAUCACACCUGAGAAGCAAGCAGUGCCUCUGCAGAGCGUGGAUGUUCAGGUGGAGGUGAAGGAUCACGUCGCUACAGUGGUGUCGACGUUGCUCUACAAAAACCAAGAGGAGAAACCCAUCGAGGCGGUGUUUGUUUUUCCCAUGCCCAGUGAAGCAGCCGUCUGCCAUUUCAGCGCCAAAGUCGGUGAUACUCUUAUCGUUGCUGAGGUGAAAGAGAAGAAACAGGCUCGUGAGGAGUAUGAUGAUGCGCUGAGCUCCGGUCAACAGGCCUUUCUACUGGAGGAGAGCGACCAGAGUCCAGAUAUAUUCUCUAUGAGUGUCGGCAGUCUGUCCCCGGGAGAGAGCGCCUCCAUCAGGCUGGAGUAUGUCACUGAGCUGGAUGUGCAGGCUGAUGAAGCCCUGAGGUUUUCUCUUCCUGCUGUCCUCAACCCUAGAUACCAACCUGCAGGAACAGAAAGCAGCAGUGUCAACAUCACAUCAGUUCCAUCUUCUCUGGUGCCCUAUGAUCUGACUUUCUUGACCCGAGUCGAGUCACAGCGACCGGUCUCCAAAAUGGAGUCCAACUGCCCCAUGGAGCCAGUGGAAUACCUCAGCCAAGAUCAAACGAAGGCAUUGGUGAAACUCGCAGCAGGAAACAAGUUCGACCGAGACGUGGAGCUGCUCAUUUAUUACAAAGAAAGUCACCAACCCUCAGCUGUGGUGGAGAAAGGACAGACCUCAGCCAAACCUGGCUCUCUGAUGGGAGACCCAGCCCUGAUGCUGAGUCUUUACCCGGACUUUCCAAAAGACAUUAUGUCGUCUGUGUCUUCCUCUGGAGAGUUUGUGUUUCUACUGGAUCGAUCUGGAAGUAUGGACUGUUCCAUGGGCCACAGCAGAGACUCAGGGACUCGGAUCACUAGUGCACGGGACACUCUGCUGCUGCUGCUCAAGAGUUUACCCAUGGGCUGCUACUUUAACAUCUACAGUUUUGGAUCCACGUUUGAACAAAUCUUUCAGAAGAGUGUGGAGUACGACCAAAAGACGAUGGAAGAGGCUUUGAAAAAGGUGGAGAUGAUGGAGGCUAACCUGGGAGGAACAGAGAUCCUGUCUCCUCUAAAACACAUUUACAGCCAGGACUGCAUCCCCAACCAGCCCAGACAGCUGUUUGUCUUCACUGAUGGAGAAGUAGGAAACACCAAAGACGUCCUAAAGCUGGUCAAGUCUAACGCCGCCUCUCACAGGUGUUUUUCUUUUGGCAUCGGUGAAGGAGCCAGUUCUGCUCUUAUCAAAGGUUUGGCUGAAGAAGGACGAGGACACGCCCAGUUCAUCAUCGGAAAUGACAGGAUGCAACCAAAAGUGAUCCAGUCUUUGCGCUUCGCCAUGCAGCCGGCGGUCGUCGACAUCGCCGUAAAAUGGGACCUGCCCAGAGGGAUGUCUGCGUCUGUGCUGUCCCCGCCUCUCACGUCCAUUUUCCAGGGACAGCGGUCACUGCUGUACGCCCAGCUCACUGGACAGAGCAAAGAGGAAGCAGACGGCUGUGUGACGAUCAAGUACAGCCUGGCAGGACGUCCCACCGAGAACAAGCUGAACUUCAGCCUCAAACCAGCGGAGGACACGGGACUCACCGUGCACAGGCUGGCGGCGCGCUCGCUCAUUCGAUCUCUGGAGCAAGAGGCCACUACAGGGCAGGAACACGACGCCGUGAAGAAGAAAAUCAUUGAUCUGAGCGUCCAAUCAGGAGUCAGCAGCUCCAUGACCGCGUUCAUCGCUGUGAACAAAACCAGCGGAGAAGCCGUUCAAGGCCCUCUGCUGAGAAGAAACGUCCCAACGCCGACGGCGUGCGCAAGGAAGGCACCUCCAAUGUCUGUGAUGUGCGGAAUUGUGGCACCUCGAAGCCUUAAAAUGAGGUGUGCACCUGCAAUGUGUGACAUGGCUGUCGAUCUCGACUCGAUGGGGCCACAGAGUUUAAGUCACAACAUGGAAAGGUUUAAGGCCGUCCUGCCUCCUGAGCCCAAAGUGCACCGGGAUCCUCUGCUGCAGGUGGUGUCUCUGCAGAAGGCGUCCGGCUGCUGGGAGUUAGACCCAGCUCUGGCCCAAGCCCUGAGCAAGACCAGCCAGGACCUGGAGAGCAGACUGCCUGGGGCGGCAAAGAGAGAGGUGUGGGCCACCGUUUUGGCUCUGGUGUGGCUUCACGGUGUGAGAGCUGAUGCUCAGGACGAGUGGGAGCUGCUGGUCAUCAAAGCUGUGGCGUGGCUGCGCUCACAAAAAGCUCUGGGUCUGCCUGAGUGUGUGGACGCUGCCAACGCUCUGCUGGGCUGCACCGUCCACAAAGACACUCUGGGACUGUAGAUCUACUGUAUGUGGGUUUAUUAAACUGCUCAUCUAAAGGGAAAUGCAAAAUGGAUGUAUUCAGCAAAUGUGCCUUAAAUAAAGUGCAGUGUGUCGUUA